CAAGAAUCUGAAUGUUCAUGAAGAUUGAAAUUUUUGCUUGAGAUGUUUGGCUAUUGUUUGACCUCUUCUAGAAAAGCAGCUAUUUUCUUGUUGUAAUAUUGAGUUUUGACUUAGUUAUGGACCAGUUAAUAGCAUUUUAGGGAGGCAAUAAAGUUAAAUACUCCAAUUCAGUGCAUUGCAGCAAGUAUGAAAAUUUUAGUCCUAAUCUUAGUUUCUUCCUAUUUUCGGGUAUGCCACAUGAUCUACACAGCAAUGGCAAGGUCCUCUCUUUUCCCCUACCCUGCCAUUUUUUUUCCAACAGGAUUUAUACCUGACUGUUCCCAAAGGAACUCCGAAGCCUUCAAAGCCAGGGUGUCUCAAAUUAAAAUCUUGUUCAACUGCAGAAGCAAGUUGUUUAUAUUCAAUUGAAGAAGAUGUUGAUUGAAGAUGUGUAAUUUCCGUGAAUUUUUUAUUGAUUGCAGGUGAGCAAUAAAAGGUAGGCUAAAAUGACAAGCUAUCUAUGGAGGAAAUAUGCAGAUUAUGUGUACACAAAGUGGGAGAGAACACUUCUUUGGGAUAUGAUAGAACCAUACAGAAGACCUAAAUCUUUUACUCCUCUGAUCACUAUUUAUAUAGCCGCGUUUUAUACUGGUGUUGUCGCCUCUGCUAUCACUGAGCAACUCUACAAAGAGAAGUACUGGGAAGAACAUCCUGGUGAAGCAGUGCCUCUGAUGAAGCCAAAGUUCUACUCUGGUCCUUGGAAGAUUCUUAGAGGAGAGGUUCCCAAAUAGUGAAAUCUGCAAUAACUGUUCUAAUUCUUUUGGAGAUUCUUCCAAUUUGUUUUUUGUUUCCAUUGUUAUAUUUGAUAGAUUCUAGCUAAGAAAUAGUAACUAUUGCUUGAAAAGAAUUAUCAAAACAAACGUUCUCAUGGCGAUGAUGCUUUGGUGGUUGACUAAUACCCAGCUGGAAAGAAAGCUGGUUUUGUAUUUAAGAAAACGUGGUGUUUACAUGAAUCACUUCUCAUACUGAA